CCAAUAUUCAACAGAAAAAAAUGCACUAAAACAUAUCAUAUAUCUGCCGAGGAUAAUUGCAGAUUUAUCUUUCUAUGUUGGCUACCUUUGCGUGUCAUCAGGCAAGUUGCAUGGUUUACACAUUAAGUUGAAUCACAGGGCUUAAUAGAAGUCCAAUGUUACUGGGGUUUACAUGACAUUUAGCGUGAUGUGGAACGUUUUGAAUUCCGCUAUCCUAAGAAAAUGACGCGCAAUUGUCUAAACGCAGACAAAGGGAAACUAAACACGGGCAGAGAACUUGGCAGUAGAAUCCAUUUGCCGCCCUGUUUUUAGACCUUUUAAUCCUUGUCUUUGAUCUUCAAACGUAUGUUUACAUAGAAGAUGGAAUUUGUACUCUUCCUAACUGUACUUCAAAUGCACAGACCCUUACAGUUCAUCCGCAGCUGUAUCCGAGAGUUUGCUACGCCGGAAGUAUUUGCCGCGAUAGAAGGCUAUCAGUUCGCUCUGCCCUCCGAGCCAUUUGUUUCGCGUGGAAAUCUCUUAAGCAUCCAGCGGAAGAGGGAGAUGACCCACUAACGAAGAGGGAGGAGCCAGACUGCGUCGAGGGGCGGGUGGAGAGAAAAGGCGAAGUCUUAAGGGAAAAUUCCGAUGUGCACAGCCGGUUCCGUUUUUUCUCUGGUGAACCGAAGCAAGAUGUCUGGGGAAUUCGCUAGAAGCUUGGGAAAAGGAAAUCUAGCCCCAGGGCCAGUGCCUGAAGGAAUCAUUCGUCUGUACAGUAUGCGUUACUGCCCUUUUGCACAGAGAACUCGACUCAUCCUAAAAGCCAAAGGAAUCAACCAUGAAAUAGUUAAUAUCAAUUUGAAAAACAAACCAGAAUGGUUUUUUGAGAAGAACCCAUUUGGAAUGGUACCUGUGCUAGAAACAAGCAAGGGACAGCUGAUCUAUGAAUCUCCAAUCACUUGUGAAUAUUUGGAUGAAGCUUACCCAGAAAAGAAGUUGUACCCUGCAGACCCUUAUGAAAAAGCAUAUCAGAAAAUGCUCCUGGAAUAUUUUUCUAAGGUGCCUCCAAUAACCUACAAGUAUACUCUGGCUAUCAGGAAUGGUGAAGAUGCAUCAGCACCGAAGAGUGAAUACCAGGAGAAGCUUCUCAAGCUUGAAGAGAUGCUUGCAAACCACAAAACUAAAUUCUUUGGUGGAGAUUCAGUAUCCAUGAUUGAUUAUCUAAUCUGGCCAUGGUUUGAACGGAUGGAGGGCUUCCAGUUACUUGAAUGUUUGGACCAUACUCCAGGGUUAAAAUGCUGGGUUGAUCUGAUGAAGUUAGAUCCAGCUGUUCAGGCCACAAUAACUGAUCCUCAAAUCUUCAAGGGCUUCGUUGAACUGUAUUACAAUAAUAAUCUUGAGGCCUGUGAUUAUGGGCUCUGAAAACUAUGGGAAGCUUUUUCAGUAGAUGACAAGGGAUAUUGACAGCUAUUGCUGUAGCAUGUCAUCUGAUAUCGGAAAUGCUUUAGUUUUGUUGUGUAUUGUGUUGUGUUAUGGAAUGAGUAUAUAAUUGGACUAUUACCUGCAAUAUGUUUCCCUUUGAAAAGGAAAAUGGCCAAUAUUGAUCAGGAAGAAAAGUUUUUUUAUCGUUAUCUUUCUAUCAAUUUAAAUGAUGAUGUUGAAUUUUUUGCAUUGUUUAUCAAUUUAGAAUAGACAUCAAUUUGACUUUGUCUCUGUUAUUGCCUUUCAAGAAUAAAAACACUUCAAAUGCA